AUGCAACGGGCCGAUAUUACAGACUGGCCUUACAUUGAUUCGCCCUGGGAUCUCUUCCUUGAAUGUGACAGAUAUAAUAGCACUGUGCGCAAAAACUUUGGAGCUUGUAUCAUCGCCCACAUGUUGGGUAUAGUCUCAGCUUAUAUAUUUCCCUUUAUUGGCGCCUUUGGCUUAAUCUCAAACUUCCUCGUCCUCUAUGUCUUCUUUUUUGUCUACCGCAAACCCACUCGACAGAUGAUUUACCUGGGCAGCAUUGCCGGCGCCGACAUUCUGACACUCAUCACAUUCGGCUGGAUCUGGCUAUUUCCUGCCAAAGGUCUUCCCUAUGCCACCCUGGCUCGAGUCUACUUCUUCAUCUUUAAUUUCAACGAUGUGACCUGCAAGGUCUUUCGCUACGCCUACUCCUUCACAGCCAGCCUCAGUUCAUCCCUUUUUCUACUGACCGCCCUCGACCGUUGUCUCAGCAUCUACUUCCCCCUGCGGUUCAGCCGCAUUUCCACGCGACGGGCCUGGGAAGCGGUCCUCAUAAUUACCCUUGUUAGCGCCCUCGCCAUGCUACCGUUUGGACUGAUGGUGGGGCAUAGCCUAUCCCAGGGAAAGAUAAUCUGCUGGGUGCUAGAGCAGAAGACAUUUCUGCAGAUUUACCAUGUUCUCCUGUCAAACAGCUCCCUCCUGCAGACCCUGCUUGUCAUAGGCGUCAAUAUCGCCCUUGUAGUUCGCCUAAGACGUGCGGUUUCUGAGCGCCGGUCCAUGUCCAACUGUACCACCACAAACCGCGAGAUCGCUGCCUCAAUGUUGUUGGUUAUGCUAUCUGGCGCCACUGUCAUGGCCGCCCUGCCCCAGUCCAUUGCUUACGCACUGUCCAGUAUCCUGGCUGAGGUGUUACACGGUGAUGAGGGACUGACCAUAGUUCGACUGGUUUACAACAUAUCUGACCUCUGUUGGCACAUCCUGUUUCUGCAGCAGGCCCUCAACUGGGUGCUCUACAUGAAGCGCAUGAAGAACUUUCGGGAGCAGACGUUAAGGCUGCUACGCUGCCGGCGUCAAGCGAGCCGAGGAUUGCAUGAGGAAUCCUUUAGUUCUAUGCGCGUCAACACCAGGAAGCUGCGGCUGUCUGUGUUGGAAUCAUUCAGAGAGGAGGGAAGCAAGAUAGUGCAUGCUGACAGGGCGGCCGACCUGACGAAAGCGAAGCCUCCCAAGACCAUCCAACCCAAUGGUGUGAUUAAACUGCAGAACUACACGCCUCGGGUAGGGGAACUUGCACCUGAGCAGACUUUGGCUGAGCAAAAGGAAAUAACCUUUUCUACAGCAUUUUAA